AUGCCUCCUCCUUCCUCCGCUAACUCAUGGCUGAUUGCUCGCCGGUUUGGUGUAGUUAUUGACGCAGGUUCGUCAGGCUCCAGACUUCAAAUCUACAGCUGGAAAGAUGCACGUGUCGUCGACGGAGGUCGUGCACUCAACGCGCUUCCCAAGGUAGAAAAGGGCACGCAGGACAGUGAGGAAUGGUCUAUGAAGACUGAACCCGGUAUCUCGUCUUUUGCAGACAAUCCCGACGGUGUAGCCCCAUAUCUAGCCCCAUUAAUCGAACAUGCGCGAGCUCAUAUACCCCCUUCUGUGCAACCCGAUACUCCGAUAUUUCUACUGGCCACCGCUGGAAUGCGUCUUUUAUCCUCGAAACAGCAAGCCGACAUACUCCAGGUCACUUGCAAUUUCCUCCGCUCGCAAUCCAAUUUUCGGCUUGAUAGUGCGUCCGCUGCUGGGCCCUGCGGAUCGAGUGUGCGCAUAAUUACUGGAGAAGAGGAAGGUUUAUUUGGGUGGAUAGCAGUCAACUAUCUUAUGGAUGGUUUUACUGGGUCUUCCGAGGACCGUUUAACUUAUGGGUUUCUAGACAUGGGCGGUGCCUCUACUCAAAUUGCUUUCGAACCUAGCCACAAAGAACAGGACAAGUCAGAAAACCUCAUUGACAUCAGACUACGUCUCCUAAAUGGCCGCGAAGUUCAUCACAAAGUCUUUGUUACCACAUGGUUGGGCUAUGGCACAAAUCAGGCCCGCGAGCGAUAUGUAGGCGCUACUGUUGACACACACGAAGCUCAUCGCCUACCACCAGUCUCUUCGGCAGAAGAGGUCGUUCUUGACCCAUGCCUUCCAAAGAACUUGAGGCUGCCUGUGUCUCCAUUGGAUACAUUCAGUUCACAUCCCAAGACUCCGUAUAUUCUUUUAGGAACUGGAUCCUUUGAACAAUGCCUACAGCAGACAUUGCCUCUUCUCAACAAAAACGCACCGUGCCCUGAUACCCACUGCCUAUUCAACGGCGUCUACGUGCCUCCGAUAGAUUUUUCGGCAUCGCAUUUCAUUGGCAUUUCUGAGUAUUGGUACUCCUCAGAGCAUGUUUUUGGUCUGGGGGGUGCGUACGACGUCAUACAAUAUGAACGUGCCGCUUCCGAAUUCUGUGCUCGAGACUGGACCGACAUCCUCAAGCAGCACGAAGUGUCACGACAACAGGGCCGAUUGGGGGGAGACGGUCAGGUGGAACAGGAUGGUCAGGUAGUAAACACUGGUGUAUGGGGCCCACAGGUCGAAAUCGCUAGGCUGCAACUUCAGUGUUUCAAAGCUGCUUGGAUCGUCAAUGUCUUGCACGAGGGUAUCGGCAUGCCUCGUAUCGUUGAUCCGGGAGGAAAUAGCACAGGGCACGACAAUAAAGCAGAAGCGCAGGCACAGCGCAUGGGGCUUGGUCGACCAACGUUUCAGUCCAUCGACAGUGUUGGGGAUGUUUCUGUGAGUUGGACGCUGGGGAAAAUGGUUUUGGAAGCUAGCAAGGAGGUGGCACCCUUGUCUACUGAAGAUCGGCCGCUCGUAGAUCCCCUGGACGAUCAACCCAGUGGGACAAGUGUCAUAAAACCUGUGCGACCGCCAUUCUUUGACUUCGCCUCCAUUGAGGAUCGUAUAUCGGGUCAUCUACCGUCGUCUAUAUCCAGACAAUCUCUCGGAUUUUCUCCUGUUGCGUUCUUUUUCUACAGUUCUCUGUGCAUUAUUCUCCUGUUCUUGUACAGGAUGAGGCACCGCCUCCGAAGCACACUCCGUAGAUACAGGCGGGAUCAUGAUUUUGGGUAUGAAAGCUAUAGCUUGGAAGACGGAACUCGUAGCCCCUCGCCCUGGUCAUCCUCCCCAAAUCGACUAUCAUUCGACCCGAUUUUUCGACCGAUCAAACAUCUGUCCACUACCUUAGGGUCGCGUCCACCCCGAUUACCACCAGUUCAGGCAAGAAGUUACGCCCCUUCUUUGCGCAGGACUCGCAAUUCUCCUACCCGGUCGUUUUCGUAUCCCUUGGCCAAAUCACCGAACGGACUCUCCACAUCCGACACUAUUAAUGGUACGGCGACGGCAUUUGUACCUGGGUCCCCUCGUCUUUCCGAUGGGAACAUUGUGUCCAACGGCAGCCUCUCCUCACUGACCUCCCGUUCUCGUAAUUCGUCACAGGUGAACCUUUCAUCCAUAGGACCUCGACAGAUGACUUCUCGGACAAGUAGCGGUUCACAUGCACCUAUCGGUAGUUUAUUCCUAGAGGAAUGA